AUGGCUUCCCUUCAAACUCUAACAGCUCCAACCACGGCCGAAACCACAACUAAAACCUUCUCUUCAUCUUUCACCAAAACCUCCCCACCUGUCUCAUCUUGGCCAUUGUUCUCAAAAUCCUCCAAAAAAUGUACCAUUAAGUCACUCAAACACAAAGUCUCAUGCAAUGCUAACAACAACCACCUUGACCGCCGAGACAUUCUUUUAGGUCUCGGGGGUCUAGCUGGAGCUGUGAACUUUUCAGUUCCGUCUGUUGGGGCAGCACCACUAGCUGCCCCAGAUAUUUCAAAAUGUGGAACUAAUCCUCUUACCGGGUUCAGACCUGGAGAGGCCACUCCUACUGGCGGGGAUUGUUGCCCGCCAGACUCAAGUCAAAUCAUGGAUUUCAAAUUCCCCACGGAUCAAGCGUUUAAGGUGCGCCCCGCAGCGCAUUUGCUUAGUCCUAAGUACAUUGCUAAGUUUAAUGAAGCGAUCAAGCGCAUGAAGGAGCUUCCUGAGAGUGAUCCUCGAAACUUCUUGCAACAAGCGCAUAUUCAUUGCGCUUAUUGCAACGGUGCUUACACUCAAUCAUCAAGUGGGUUUCCGGAUAUCGAAAUCCAAAUUCAUAACUCAUGGCUCUUCUUUCCGUUCCACCGUUGGUAUCUUUACUUCUAUGAGAGAAUCUUGGGAAGCCUUAUUGGUGAUCCCACAUUCGCAUUGCCAUUUUGGAACUGGGACACCCCAGCUGGAAUGACAAUACCAAAAUACUUCAACGACUCGAAAUCCGCCCUCUUUGACCCCAAAAGAAACCAAGCCCAUUUGAAAGCAGUUGUUGAUCUUGGUUACAAUGGUAAGGACACUGAUGCUACCGAUAUCGAAAAAGUGAAGAACAAUCUCGCAAUCAUGUACCGCCAAAUGGUGACAAACGCAACUGACCCCACCGCAUUUUUUGGUGGUGAGUAUCGGGCUGGCAUUGAGCCGAUUUCGGGUGGUGGCUCGGUUGAACAAAGCCCACACACACCGGUUCAUAGGUGGGUGGGUGACCCAAGACAAACAAACGGUGAAAACCUCGGAAACUUUUAUUCCGCGGGUCGUGACACGUUGUUUUAUUGUCACCAUUCGAAUGUGGACCGAAUGUGGUCGUUGUGGAAAAUGUUGGGAGGGAAACAUAAGGACAUUACGGAUCCUGAUUGGUUAAACAGUUCAUUUGUUUUCUAUGAUGAAAACGCGAAACUUGUUAGAGUUUAUGUGAAGGACUGCUUGCUUACUAACCAGCUAGGGUACGACUACCAAAGAGUAGACGUACCCUGGCUGAACAGCAAGCCAGUCCCACGUGCACCGAAAUCCGGUGUAGCUAAAAAGCUAGAUGGGAAAGUGAAAAAGACAAACGACGUCACUUUUCCAGUGAAACUCGACAAGAUUGUCAAGGUUUUGGUACCUCGGCCCAAGAAAUCGAGAAGCAAGAAAGAAAAGGCGGACAAAGAGGAGCUUUUGAUCAUUCAAGGGAUUACUUACGAUAGUGAGAAGUAUGUGAAGUUUGAUGUGUAUGUGAACGAUGAAGACGACGAUGAUGUUAGUGCACCGGAUCAGACUGAGUUUGCUGGAAGUUUCGCACAAUUGCCACACAAGCAUAAGGGCAAGACUCAAGCCAAGACCAACUUUCGUGCCGGCCUUACUGAGCUCCUUGAGGAGCUCGAGGCCGACGAUGAUGACAAUGUGUUGAUCACCGUGAUCCCUAGAUCCGGAUCAGAAGAUAUUACCAUUGAUGCUAUCAAGAUCAUCUAUGCUUAAUUAAUCUCAUGCUACUUUGACGA